ACGGUCAACAUUUAAAGUUCAAAGUGUCAACCGUUUACAUUGAUUCAUCCUCAUUAUCAUCCCAGUGAUUUUUAAUUGUUACCUGUCAAUUUUAAUAAUGAAUAGAUUAGUUGAUGAUUGUCUACUCUUAAUUUUUGAACAAAUGUAUGAGCUUCAUGAUCUCAUUAGAUGUCAUAAUGUUUGUAGGAGAUGGAGAUACCUGAUUGAAAUUAGAUUGGCGAAAUUCAGAUACAUGACAAUUUACGAUUCAUCCGUAAGUCCACACUUUGAAACAGAUCGAGUACCGAAUGAAGUUUUGGUCAAUCUAAAGAGAUUACAAUAUAUCUUAGGUCAUACCUUAAGAUGGAAAGGUGAUUAUGUUGUCCCAUUUCAUUCAGUUACAAAGAAAACGUUUCCAAAUCUAAAGAUUAUUCAUUACGACAAAAGUCCGGGAUAUCGAGCUAUUGAUUUUGUUAUGGACGCUCUAAUAGUUGUCUAUCAAACAUUACCGCUUCGAGGUAUUAUCGAAAUGUCCCAUGAUGUUGCAAUUCCAAACACUACGAGAGGUUUAAAAGGUCUUAAAAUCUAUGGAUCAUUUCGAUCAAAUUAUGUGAGCUUUAGGCCUAAACUAAAGCAACUUCGAAUUGCUAAUGUUGCACUUCACCACUUGCCGGCUCAUUGCGAAGAGAUUCCGAAUCUAGAAAUACUUUAUCUUGAAGUUCUCGAAUGUGAAGAGUUACGAAGAGAUCCCCCACUUGUUUAUGAAAAUCUUGAGACCUUAAUCGUUGCUGAUCAUGAAAAAAGAUCACAUAGUUUCUUGUACGAACUUGAGGUGGUCAAUUGGUGUCCCAAAUUGAAAAACGCUCAUUUUUAUCUGCUAAACAAGACACUUGACUUCACCGGCGAGCAAUUUUUCAAGAAUCCCAGGCUUGAGAGUCUGGUUAUCGUAUUUGGUGCUCAUUCUUCAUGGAAGUGGAUCUCAUUGAAAACACACUUGUACAAAUACCCGAAUUUGAAAAAUCUCGCACUCAGACUUUAUCCUGAAAUUUCCGACUCACAUGUGAAAGAAUUGGUUCAAAAUCUACCGCAUUUGGUUACACUGGACUUACGAGGAUGUGAAAAUAUUACUGGUCACUCUGUACAGUUGAUCGAAAGUUACAGCAAACGUGAAAAAAGAUCGAUAAAAGUUCACAUCGGACCGAAAUACGAUAUUCCACCGAGGCCUCGUCAUUGGGUAGGAACUGGUUCUAAUUUCAUGGAAGCGUUUUUCUACCAAGACCAAACGCCAUUAAUACUCGAUAAUUUAGAAGAUUAAAAGUGUCAACUCUUCGCCAUCAUUACAUUUUAAUUGUCAAUUAGACUUCACGCUCUUAUUUCAAUCAUUUGACAAAUAACAUUCUAUGGAUAUGCCUCAAAGAAUUAAGAAAAGUUCGAAAUAAAUCAAACCAUUUGUUGGAAUUGCAAUUACAUAA